GAGGGGGGCUCGCGGGUUUCGGCCUCCCUCUAGGCCAGCGAGAAGGUCCGUAGAUUCGGGCCUAGCGGGCCCCCCUCCCCGGCCUGGCCCCCUGCUCGCUCUGGUGGGAGGGGGCCCGGGCGAGCGGUUCUGGUCCCCACCCCCGCCUCUCCCCCGUCAGCUCCGCCCCCCUCCGCGGCCCCCUCCUGAAAUUGAGGCGACGGAGCGGGCGCGCUAGACACUUCCCUACGCGAAGCCCAGCGCCGAGCCAUGGAGAGCGCGACGGGAGAGAAGGUCGGGGCUGGGGCCGCUGAGGCGGAGCCCGGCUUCGAGGGCGUGGAGGCGGCCGGACUGUCCGAAGCGGUGCGCGCUCUGCGCGCGGACGUGGCGCGCUUGCAGCACGGCGUGGAGCGGCGGGUGGCCGAGGCGCUGGGGCUGGCGGGGCCCCUGGCGCGCGCCGUGGCCGAGCUGCAGAGCGAACACGAGCGACUUCGGUCCCACCUGGGGCGCCUGGCGCGCCACGUGGAGGCGCUGGAGCGCGCCGCCGGCCUGAGUGUGGACGGCGACGGCGGCGGCGGGUCCGAGCCGGCCUCCCCCAGCCCCCGGGGGCCCCCGCGCUUCGCCAGCCACGCGGUGUUCUCGCUGUCGGGCCGCGGCCAGAGCCUGGAGCAGGAAGAAGGGGCUAAUUCCGAGGCCAAGAGAGGCUCCAACUCCUCCAUCCUGGAGAACGGGCAUCAGAGGGCAGCAGGGCCGGGCCGCUUGUCCCCCGACAUCCCCGAGCCCCACCAGCCGGUCACCGCCGUCACCCGGGGCCCGGACAGGGCCAGCCCCGGCGAGGCCCCAGCCAGGACCUCCGGCCAGUCAGAGAGGAGCCCGCAGCUCGCCGGCUUUGGGACGGCCCGCGUCUUCCUCAAGAGCCAGAGCUCCCAGCAGGCCACGCCUCCCGGGUCUCCGUCCCCGCCGCCCGCCGGCAGCCAUCGGCCCGGAGAACGUCGGAGGGAGCUGGUGAGGUCGCAGACGCUGCCCAGGACCUCGGGGGCCCAGGCCCGCCGAGCGCUCUUUGAGAAGUGGGAGCAGGACGCGGGCAGGGGCCCAGGGGAGGGACGGGCCAAGCUCAAGCGCUCGCAGAGCUUCGGCGUGGCCAGUGCCAGCAGCAUCAAGCAGAUCCUCUUAGACUGGUGCCGCUCCAAGACCGCCGGCUACCAGCACCUGGACCUGCACAACUUCUCGUCCAGCUGGAGCGACGGCCUGGCCUUCUGCGCCCUCGUGCACGCCUUCUUCCCGCAAGCCUUCGACUACGGCGCCCUCGACCCGCGCCACCGGAGGCACAACUUCGAGCUGGCCUUCACCACGGCCGAGAAGCUGGCUCAGUGCGAGCGCCUCAUCGAGGUGGACGACAUGAUGGCGAUGGGCCGCAGGCCAGACCCCAUGUGCGUCUUCACCUACGUGCAGUCCCUGUACAACCAUCUGCGGCGCUUCGAGUGACGGAGCCCCUGGGGGGAGCCCGGGGCAGGAGAGGCCUUGAUGCAGAGCGCUGUGGGGCGCGGACGGGCUCUCUGGUUUGUACAUAAAAGAUGCUCGUCCA